CUCCUCACUCGCUUCAGUUAGCUUCACUACUUUUAACUAUGGCGUCUCUCCUCUCUCUACCGCCAUCUACUUCGUAUUUUCUCAAUCACGAUUCCUUGCUUUCCUCCGUCAUCUUCCCCAAAAGGCAAAAUAAUCAACGCUCGUGGAAUUACAAAGAUAUUAGAUACUGCACAAUCAAGUGCCGAAUUGCCAAGACCAAAGAAUCUCCUUCCACAAAACCAGCAACGCUUGUAAAGGAACCUCACAAGUACUUUGAUCAGGUCAUCAUUACAGUUCGUUCAGGAGGCGGAGGCCACGGUGCUGUCCUAAAUAUGCCGAACCAGAGAGCUCCUGGGGACAAGUCGCAAGGAAAACGCGAUCAUAAGGAGAAAACCAGGAAGAAAAGUCCUUACAAAAGGGACUUUGAUGGGUCACUUAUAUUGCCCACUGGUGGGCAUGGAGGAGAUGUGGUGAUUUAUGCCGACGAAGGAAAGGAUUCAUUGUUGGAAUUUCACACGAAAAGCCGGUAUAAUGCAAAACGCGGCGGGAAUGUUGAUGCCAUGGGUGUUUUGACUUCUCAAUUACAAAAUGGCCUUUCUGCACCAACUUUGCGUAUUCCUGUGCCUGUAGGUACAGUAGUGAAACAUAAGCGGGGAAAGUUGUUUGCGGAUCUAGCACGUCCAGGUGAUGAAGUCAUCGUGGCAAGGGGUGGACAAGGAGGGAUUUGCUUGAUAGACGUUCCUCCACAGAGAAAGAAAAGGAUGAUGGCUAUGACCACAAAUGUGAUGAGAGAUGAUAGUGAUAAGGUCUUAGUUCAUGGUCAACCUGGAGAGGAGGUUAGUUUGGAGUUGAUUCUACGAGUUGUUGCUGAUGUUGGUUUGAUUGGUCUUCCAAAUGCUGGGAAAUCAACUCUUUUGGCAGCCAUCACGCUUGCAAAGCCUGAUAUUGCCGAUUAUCCUUUCACAACCUUAAUGCCAAAUCUUGGACGCCUCGACGGGGACCCAAGUUUAGGGGCAGGAAUGUAUUCUUCUGAAGCAACGUUAGCAGAUUUGCCUGGUCUUAUAGAAGGUGCUCAUCUGGGGAAGGGUCUUGGACGCAAUUUUUUAAGGCAUUUGAGGAGAACUCGACUACUGGUCCAUGUUGUUGAUGCAGCAGCUGAGAAUCCUGUACAAGACUACAGAACCGUCAAAGAGGAAUUGCGUAUGUAUAAUCCCAAUUAUCUCGAACGGCCAUACAUUGUGGUGUUGAAUAAAAUUGACCUUCCUGAGGCAAGGGAUAGGCUUCAGUCUUUGACUGAGGAAAUAUCAAGAAUCGGAUGUGAGAGAACACCUUCUGAGCCAGAGAUAAGCUCUGGCGAUAUAGUUCAACCUUUCUCUUCUGAAGAUGGAAAUGCCGCCUUAGAUUCUUUGGCGGCUCUUAAUGAAGACAGGAAUGAGAAGCAAAUUGAAGACUACCCGCUGCCCCUUGCUGUUGUGGGAGUCAGUGUUCUGAAAGGUAUCAUGAUAAAAGAGAUGUUGAACGAGAUAAGAGCGGCUCUGAGGAAGUGCAAUAGCUCCACUGAACUAUUGGAAUCGACUGUAACACACAUACAAUUAUCCCCUCACCAUCUUUGGAUUGCUACAAUGUUGAAGUCGGGCAUUGGUCUUGGGGAGAGGAAACAGGUGAAGAAGCCAGCGCAGGCAAGCUCAAGAAAAGGCUGCAUGAGAGGCAAAGGCGGUCCUGAGAACGCUACGUGCACUUACAAAGGCGUUCGCCAGAGGACUUGGGGGAAAUGGGUCGCCGAGAUCAGAGAACCCAACCGCGGCGCUCGCCUCUGGUUAGGCACUUUCGACACCUCCCAUGAAGCCGCCAUGGCCUAUGACGCUGCCGCCCGCAAACUCUACGGCUCCGACGCCAAGCUCAACUUGCCAGAUUUAUCAUCAUCAUCUCAAUCACAAUCACAAUCCAACAACAAUAACAAGGAUAUUAAUAGUACCGACAGUCCCCACUACCAUGCCUCAAAUUCCGCCGCUAGUACUACUACAAUAUUACCGGAAAAUCAAACAAAAAUCCCUCAGGCUCUGCACAAUUCAGGUACUACUACUACUGCAAUAGUGGUUUCUGAUAAUCAUGUGUGUUAUCCUGAUGGAGGUUUCGAGGGCCGAGUGAAAAUAAUAGAUCAAGGCAGUAGUAGUGGUGGUGGUGGUGGUGGUGAUGUGCAUAAGCAAGCACGUGAUGCUGUUGAGGAGGGGAUAAUUGAUGGGCUGUGGGGGAGUGUGAACGCCAGCUUGCCGAUGUUUGACGACUCGAUAUGGGCGGAGGCGGCGUUGUCGCUCGAUUUUCCGAUCAUGGAGAAUCACGGGAUUUUCCCCGGCAACAUUGUUGAUGGAAGUGGCUGGGAAGCCUUGCAGUCUCCAUGGUGCAUGUGA